CAGCACUGUUGCGCAGUACGAGGUCCUCUGUACUGUGUCACUGCUCCGUUCUUCUGCUCCUACCAAGAUGGCGGUCUGAUCCCCCAGACUCCAGAUCGACAGCACUUAUAGACCAGUUGUGGGAGGCGGCGCCACCUGAGACUCGCCCGACUCUGCGCAGAACAGCGAUAUCGAAUCACCGCGCGCGAUUUGGCGUCGGGUCGGUCAAGACAUGCAUUUCAACACUUCUUGUUUUGCCAUAUGAUUAUCCAACAAACCAGCUGAUGGCCCUAGGAAGCCAGAACGCUGGGCCUGACUCAGCUUUCUCGGGCUGAAUAACCCGAGUCGACUUUUCCUCUUUGCAUCCCUCCUCCAACUCGUCGACUCCAUUGCCCACUUCCGCUGCGAACGCCAGGACAAAAGAACCCCGACCUACAGACUCUUCCCCGGAUUUCGUCCUGAAUGCUCGCAACACGCUUCAUUGGCCGGCGGCGUCCACCGCUCUCUCGAUUCAAGAUCCGUCUGCAUACCUGCUCACCCGACUUCUCCCGAACCUUUCAAGGGUCGAGCAUGAGAUCCAUGCGCCCUUCCGCAGCUACCCAUGCAGACUCCUGCGAGGAGAUCUACAUUCAAGUCAUGCUUCCUCCCGCGCGGGCAUCAAUAGUUUCAGGCAGACCGCAAAGGACAGCUGCAGACAUAGUACUAUGCAGUCAGGGGCAUGUUACCCCAUAUUUCAGGGUUCACCACAAAGGUGUGGGAGUAUCGGGGACGUUCUAGUCCAGUCAUUUCUAAAGGCGCCAGAAAUUGACGAGAGACAUUGCGCCUGCCCAAAAUCAGCCAUCAUCCUGCUCCAGCUCUCGCAUCUCCUUGUCCUCCCUCAGGGUAAUCUUAGCGAGCCCGGGCUCCAAUUGCAAGCUGCUAGCCAUGUCCGACGAGUGCUGGCCCGUGCCCUCCGAAUUCCCUGAACCAACGCGUAAACUGCGUCUCCUCUCUCGUUGGUGCACAAUUCCGGGAAACGCGCGUGGUUCUUGGCCCGAGAUAUGUGCGUCCACUGGGUGCGAAGUAGUGGGAUAUAGGACGCUCGAGGUCCUUCGUAGCCGGGUGGGUGAAGUAUUACCCGGGGGCACAUUCGUGUUUGAUUUGGACAAGGCUGCUUCUCUCUCCCUUUCUCUGGCUUGUUGAGCGGGGGCAAUUGAAUCAGCCACCGCAAAUGUCGCAUAGUAUUGUUUUGGACUCUCCAGACCUCGGAAUAUCUCGUCCGCCGGUGUGGCUGGAUCAGAUGGAUCGGGCAAAUUGGGGGUGCAUCGAUCAAAGUGACUGUAAUCUUGAG